AUGUGGUUUUCGACGCCCCGGUUACUCGCCGGACUUUAUGGGUUAUCACUGGCUGUCGUGGGGUCAUCCGCUGUCGAUGUUGAUUUCAUGAGCGUGAGGCCUACUGUGGCCAAGGAGUACUCUGGAAAAGGGGGAGAACCAGGUCCAAAGUAUUUCAAGGAAUCAGACUUUCACUACCAUUAUGACGGCCGCUUUGCCGAUAAGCCUCUCUCGGACGAAGAGACCAUUCCGCACCUGUCGGAACUCAUCCGAACCUACCUGUCAACAAUGGCAGACCUUGGUGCCGAGACAUGGAUCAUGCAUGGUACUCUUCUGGCAUGGUGGUGGAAUCAGAAGAUCUUCCCUUGGGACAAUGACCUUGAUGUCCAAAUAUCUGAGCCCACAAUUCACUUCCUUGCCGAUUAUUACAACAUGACGGAACACCAUUUCGAGAUCCCAGGGGUCGAGGGCGGACGAACGUACUUACUCGAGAUAAAUCCUAACUACGUCAUCCGGUCUACCGACGAUAAGUUGAAUGUCAUUGAUGCGCGUUGGAUUGACACUUCCUCCGGAUUGUUUAUCGACAUCACCGCCGUGCGCAAAGAUGACGACAGACGAGAAAGCGGUGACUCCGGUGCUCUGAUGUGUAAAGAUGGCCAUCGCUUUGAUGAGACCGAAAUCUUCCCGUUACGGAAUAGUUAUUUCGAGGGUGUCCCUGUCAAAAUUCCGUUUGAAUAUGUCCGACUUCUCAAGAAGGAAUAUGGCUCGAAAUCUAUGACCGCUACCACCUUCCAAGGGCACCAUUUCAACGAUGCCACAGAAGUGUGGGAUAAACAAAGGAAACGGCAGUUUUGGCGCCGCCAGCCAGUCGACCUACCCGUCCGAACCACGCCGCUCGGGCCUUUGUUUCGAUGA